UGUAUUUUAUUUAGUGUUAGUGGUUACUGGUUAGUCUUCAUUGAACAGUUGCAGUGCACGCUGGACGUCGACUUGACGUAAAUCUAAACGAGGCACCAAAAUACAAAAUCAUCCUAAUGGCUGACGAAGAAUUUGAGCACGACGAUGGUGGCGCAGAUGAUUUUGAUGAAGUUGAAGACGAUGCAGAUUUAGAUGAAUUAGAUCAACCUGAAGAAAAUGAAGAUAACAUUGAUAUAUUACCUAUUCAAGAAGCUCAAAGUCAAGUUCAAAAGUCUAAACGAAUCACAACUAAGUAUAUGACCAAGUAUGAAAGAGCUCGGGUAUUAGGUACAAGAGCCUUGCAGAUAGCAAUGUGUGCCCCUGUCAUGGUAGAACUUGAAGGCGAAACUGAUCCUUUACAAAUUGCAAUGAAAGAAUUGAAGAAACGUAAAAUACCUAUUAUAAUCAGAAGAUAUUUGCCAGACAAUAGCUAUGAAGAUUGGGGAAUUGAUGAACUAAUAAUAGUUGAUCAAUAAAAUAUAGUUUAUAAGCUUUACAUUUGUAAAUCAUUUUUUAAUUUAAUAAUUACCGAAUUACAAUCAUGCUUUUUGUUUUUGUUUCA